AUGGUGGUAGCACCUCCGCAUGGAACCGCCUUUGAGGCCGCAAUCCAAGUAAACCCCAUUAACUCGCAUCAAUACUCGGCCUAUCUCCGGCAGGAUUGGUGCAUCGGAGCUGUGCCACAUGGAGGCUACACGAGUGCCAUCCUCUACCGCCUGGCGCUGACACACUUUGCUCAUACACAUCCGCUGCAGUAUCGUGGUCCCGCCACGCCGAUUGCCAUGCAACUGACCUUUCUGCGCCGGACGGCGGUGGGACCUGCCCUGCUGAACGUACAGGAUGUCAAGAUCGGGUCGCGGACGAGUACGCUGCACGUGACCCUGACACAGCCUAAGCAGUCGGGCAGAGGGGUCGGUUCGGAGGGUGCCGUCCAGGAAGAGCAAGAGCUCAAGAUAGCGGGGUAUAUCACAGUCAGUCCCGCUCACGCGGAGGUUGGGUUGACGGCCCCAACGGGCUGGGCGCCCCUGCCGAUGCCGGCACGGGGAUCACGGCCAGAUGGAGGUGUCGAUCUGGUGGCGUUGGGGGGGUCAGGGCGCGAUGGCGAGUGGGAGCGGAUCCAACUCCCGUUUCCUGAAUUCCGGCGCGCGACGCAGCAUGUUGACUUGUACAGUCCCCGACAGCCCACAACCAUGGCGGCUGUGGAUCAGUGGGCUCGAUUUCGACCGGAGGGUGAUCAGACGGCGCGCUGGUCAAACGAAGCGUUGGUGUACCUGACUGAUACAUUCCCGCUCGCGUUGUCUGGGCUGGAUCAGAGGGCUGCGACGGCAGAAGGCGGCGGCGAGGCUGGUGGUCGGCAUUGGUAUCCGACGGUGGCCUUGAAUAUUGAUUUCAAGAAGCGGUUGCCAGCUACGGGGGAGGCCUGGUUAUACAGUCGAGUGCAAACCGUGUCAGUGCGGGGUGGUCGGACGGACUUGGGGGUCACAGUGAUGGAUGCAGCAGGGCAGGUGGUGGCCGUGGCGACGCAGGUGGGCUUGGUGGUGAGUGCGAGCCGCAAUCUAGGACGUCGGCCGAAGUUGUAG